UCACUGUCAACAAAAGUAAGCUAAGCGAGCAUUGGAAAACGAAAACAAAACAAAAUACUAAUUUAUUUCAACUUAAUUUUAUUGUGUGUAUUGAUUUAAGCAUACUCUACAAUCUAGCCGAUCAAAUGGCAGAACUCCUACUGAGUCCAACAGAAAAAAUAUUUAUUAUUCACGGUAUUCAAGAAGAUUAUCGAUCGGAUGGCCGAUCAAACAUAGAUUACCGGCCGAUGGAGCUGGAAACUGAUGUGGUGAACCUAACCAGCGGGUCCGCAAGACUUCGACUGGCACACACGGAUAUACUCGUGGGUGUUAAAACAGAGAUAGACACACCACCUCUGAAUAAACCUGAUUCGGGCAAGAUUGAAUUCUUUGUUGAUUGUUCAGCAAAUGCAACUCCCCAGUUUGAAGGCAGGGGCGGUGAGCAGUUAGCCGUAGGAAUCUCCAACUUGCUGCAGUCCGCCUACCAUUCUUCACAAGCCUUUGAUCUAAAACAACUCUGUAUACUUGAAGGCAAACAGUGCUGGAAGCUCUGUGUUGAUAUAUUAAUAUUGGAAUGUGGAGGUAACCUCUGCGAUGCUGUGUCUCUGGCCGUGAAAGCUCUCAUGAACACAAGAUUGCCUUGUGUGACAGCGGCACUCAUGGAUGGAGGGAAUGUAGACUUGCAACUGUCAGAUGACCCUUAUGCCUGUAAACUGUUGGAUAUAGGAACAGCUCCUUUAUUGGUAACAUUAUGUAAAAUCGGCGACAAAUGUGUCGUAGAUCCGUCAGCGGAGGAAGAGAGCUGCAGUGUCAUAUCUGUCAUAGUAGGAAUAUCUGGAGACCCUAGCUGCUACAGUGAUGACGAGACAAUGUCAGAAGUAGGAGGCAAACUGACCACUAUUGAUAUGUUUGGGCCAGGCAGUGUUGCGCCCAAAACAUUGAAAGAUGCCAUCAACCAGGGAAUAGUUGCUGCAAAAUUACUUGACAAAGCAUUAGCUAAAGCCUUAUCAUCAGAGAGGCAAGAACAUGGAAAAAUGAAAAAAUAUGCAUAUGGAUUUCUCAAAUAAAAUCUUACUUAAAU